GGCUGCUUGACCGGACUCAUACAUACUUACAUUUAGUACUAACUACUAAAUGACUUUAUCGCGCGUAUCCAAACCAUGGGCUAAUUACGUCUGUAACCCAAUCACCCCCCGUAACUCAAUCACCCCGGGCCACCACUCGGCAACGUGCCCGGGGAAUAAUCCCGCGCAAGCAUCAUCCCGCCUUUGUUAGUCGGUCAUUCGCGAACAGCCCUUCCCCAAGUACACACGUGUGUCACUGUAUCUAAUCGCUUUUGCUUUGAAUACCACCUAUUUCAGCACUCGCCGUAUCGCAUUUAUUCCGUUCUACUCCCGAACUUCACCCUCGGGACAAUUUUACGCUUGUGGAAUACCUCGACUCACCACCUCGACCUUCGUGAUGCCUCCCAAGAGAAGAGCACCCGUCAACCACAAGCUUGUGAGGGGAGCCAAGCAGGCCAGGACAACCAGAAGACAAACCCCGGGAGUGCACAUUAUGCAGGAGGCAACAGCUGAUGUAGGCACUCCGAGGUCCGCACAACCCAGGGGUUGCUGUCCUACAUGGAAACCAUAAGAACGGCGGCACUUCGAUUCGGGGGGAUGCCUGGUCAACCUACGACCAACAAUUCCGACACAGAAUGUCAAGGGACCCCUCACGACGCUGGGACAACAUCGACGGGGAGUUGUGGCUGAAGUCCAUGGUAACACAGCCGGUACUACAACCAGAAUCAGGCGGACGGGGCGCAAUGACACGCGUACAGGGGGACAUCGCCAGUCAGGUAUGCUGGGAUUUCAAUAAAUUUGGCUGUAGCAGGGUCAACUGUAAGUACACUCACAAAUGCGGUAAGUGUGGCAAACAUUCCCAUAGCUCUAGGACCUGCUUUCGAGGGAAUGGGGUCCAACCGACCCCAUACAAGCCCAAUCAGCCUUUUGCCUAACAGAAAACCAGCCGUCAAGGCAGGUAAAUUCAAUGGCCCCUUCCCCCGUGGAUCUCAAUGAAAUGGCACCCUGGUUACGCCAAUAUGCUAGGGUCAAUUACAGAGAUGCAAACUAUUUAUGGGUAGGUUUUAGCUCUGGCUUUAAGCUCGAGUUCCAGGGAAGCCGCACGGGUCGCCUGGCACGAAACUUGCGAUCAGCCACGCACCAAGACACGGCAGGCUACGUGAAACAACACUACAAAACGAAGUCGACCUUGGCGACAUUCAGUCGGCCUUUAGAAUUAUACCAGUCCACCCAUCCGAUUUCGAGCUGCUAGGCAACAGAUUCGAAGGUGAGUUCUAGUUCGAUAAAUGCCUACCAUUUGGCUGCUCCAUAUCUUGCGCCAUAUUUGAAACGUUUAGUACCUUCUUGCAAUGGUGCAUGCAAUCGCAUCUCCCAACGUGUCCGAUCAUGCAUUACCUGGAUGACUUCCUAACGGGGGGCACAGCAGGCACCAGCCACUGCUCAGACAACCUCAACGGAUGCCUGAAUACACUAGAACAGCUUGGGGUUCCUACUGCGCACGACAAGACGGUGGGCCCCACAACCAAACUGACAUUCCUAGGGCUGGAAAUCGACACCAUUGCAAUGCAGAUCAGAAUCCCAGAGUCCAAGAUCAAGGAGGCAACAAGGGAAAUCCAAGACAUCCUGUCAACAGGUAACAUCAAGGUCACAAAAAGGGCCCUUCAGUCCCUCAUAGGCAAGCUUAACUUUAUGUGCAGGGCUAUACCAAUGGCAAGGGCAUUCAGCCGCAGGCUAACCGAUCUGCUUAGCAAAGGUAAGCAACCAUUUCACCACAUUAGGAUUACCAGCUGGGUCAAGGAAGACCUACAAAUGUGGUUAACAUUUCGUACGAGUUAUAAAGGCAUUUCAGUGUUUCAGGACCAACUAUGGGUGGACAGCGAUUUCCUCCAGCUGUUUUCAGACGCAGCGGGUGGCGCCAGCUUCGGGGCCUACAUGCAGGGCAAAUGGUUUAACGGCGCAUGGCCACCCCAGUGGGUGACGGAUGGAACUACACGGGACUUGACGCCACCUUGACAUGGUGGCAUCAAUCCUUCGGAAAUACAACCCCAGCUUCCUGACACCAAGAUCAUCGUAUCCUCAAUGCUGCACAGGCGCUACUGGCACGAUGCCAGGGACCCACUAAAGAUCGAGGGGAUGCGGAAGAAUAUCAACCGUCGACUGGCCAACCGAGUCAAAGAGCUCGGCGGUACAAUGGUGCCACAUCCCCAGAUCCUGGCAUCAGACAAGACAUGGUACGCCUGGGAGGGCGUCCACCUCAGUGACAAAGGACUGUGUGUGUUUACGGACAAUUUAUUGCAUGCCCUGGCGCUUGUUAUCUCCACAGGUUUGUGUUUCCUUUCAGGACAUAGGCAAGCCGGGCAACAAUGCUAUCUCCGCGUAUCGCGUGGCCGUGGGUGUGGGGUAGCACUCUGGUGCUUUGUGGCGGGGUUCUUGUGGGCUACACUGCUAGUAACAAAUUAACUUGCUUCCAAAUUAAUACUCGUGCUUAAGGCUACCUGCUUUUCAGCGGGAACCUUUCCGGGGUUACCUGCUUCUCAGUGGGAAC